UUCUGCAAAGCGUACUAAGCUGACGUCAGCCCGCUACCGAUGAAUAACCGGCAGCGCUGACGAGAGCUGUGUGUUAGCCCGUAGUGUGUCGCUUUUUCCGCUAAUUCCCUUGUUGAGCGUGUUAUCAUCAUGCCUUUCGAUGUUAGGAGAUUCGACAUCUACAGGAAAGUGCCAAAGGAUCUGACCCAGCCGACGUACACGGGAGCGUUCAUUUCCAUCCUCUGCUGUUUCUUCAUCCUCUUCCUGUUCCUGUCUGAGCUGACGGGCUUCAUAGCCACAGAAAUAGUAAAUGAACUAUAUGUAGACGAUCCAGAUAAGGACAGUGGUGGGAAGAUAGAAGUGAGUUUAAACAUCAGUUUGCCACACUUACACUGUGAUUUGGUGGGUUUGGACAUCCAGGACGAGAUGGGCCGCCACGAGGUCGGUCACAUAGACAACUCCAUGAAGAUUCCUCUCAACCAGGGUGACGGUUGUCGCUUUGAGGGAGAGUUCAGCAUCAACAAAGUACCUGGAAACUUCCAUGUGUCAACGCACAGCGCUACAGCGCAGCCCCAAAGCCCGGACAUGACCCACAACAUCCACAAGCUGGCAUUUGGAGAAAAGCUCCAGGUACGAAAAGUCCAAGGGGCCUUCAACGCGUUGGGGGGAGCUGACAAGCUUUCAUCUAAUCCUCUGGCGUCACAUGACUACAUCCUGAAGAUUGUACCGACGGUGUAUGAAGACCUGUCGGGCAGACAGCGGUUCUCCUACCAGUACACUGUAGCCAACAAGGAGUACGUUGCUUACAGCCACACAGGCAGAAUCAUCCCGGCCAUCUGGUUCAGAUACGACCUCAGUCCCAUCACCGUCAAGUACACCGAGAGGAGGCAGCCCUUCUAUCGCUUCGUAACAACAAUCUGUGCCAUCGUCGGCGGGACCUUCACGGUCGCAGGAAUCAUCGACUCCUGUAUAUUCACCGCUUCAGAGGCCUGGAAGAAGAUCCAGAUAGGGAAAAUGUCUUGAGGACGGCUCCCCUAAGAGAGAGAGAGAGAGCUAUUUUGUUACUGUGGAGAUGAAGUGCCGUGUGUCAGCUUUCAGCCAGUAUUUGAACAGAUUUGAACUCUGUACUUUAAAUUUUCUUUGAAGUAAAAAAAACGACUUUUAAAAAAACGAAAAAUAAAAAAGAUUCUAUUUUUUUAUUUGGCGCACAAUGCGGCCAAAAUCCCCACUCAAAGGGGAGUUUUCAAGCUAUAGCUGAAUUAUUUACAGGCAUGCUGUAGUAUGUCAAAAACCGUAUCAGUCUAACUGGACUGUGAUGGUUCCUCUGCUGCAAAAAGGGGAUUAUCAUUUCAAACGUUCUGCUUAGUAAGACUGAACUUUAACGUGUUGCUGUAGGUCACAAUGUCCAUAACACGGCAUUUUGACGCAUCACAUGACAUGUUUUCAGCCUUAUUGUCUCUUCUGUGUUCACUUUUACCUUUUUGCUUGACUUCUCUGAUUACCAUCAGAUCUCAUUUGUCUGUUUCAAUGGCUUUUGUUACAACAUACUACAAGAUUUACUUUUAUUUAUUUUAAUAUAAAGUGAUCAUUGUUUAUCUUUCAGUCAAUUUGUACCAACAUUUCAUUAAUGCUGUCUGAUUACUUGUUUUUUGGCUUUUUCCAAUCCAUUUCAAUUGUUCAAACACAAAGAGAAUGUCGUAUUCUUUUUUUUCUCUAUGAAGCUGUAAAUGAUAAAGUUUUGGUUUUGUAAAGCGAGAACUUGUCGGCCAAGGUUUCUUUUUUACCUUUUUGAUAAUCUUUCUUUCCUUUUAUACUGCUGUUUAAUGACCCUGAUGGAACAGUGAUAAAUACAAGCCCUCAUAAACUGGUCUUUUUCUACUGAGCUCAUCUA